UACCUUUCUGGACCUGUUUGUGAUGCCAAACUCACUUCAUAUAUUUGCAUUAUACGUAACCAAAGCCAAUUUAUUAAACAGUAAGACAGAAAACGAAAUAACAAAAGCAAAGAGAGUGUUAAAACUGCUGUAUUUCACAGUACAAUGCCUAUUUGAGCUUAGAAUGAGGCAUAAAUAUAUUAAAAAAUGAAUUGCUAUAAUGUCUCCCUCUGCUGGUUAUCUUCAAUUACUACACCUGUCGCUGAGUUAUGACGCAGCUCACAUGGUUUUUCCAGCAUGGUGACCUCCUUGGUGGUAAAUACAGUACAGAGGGGAAAUGAAGACGAGCCAGCUGUCAGUUACACUGUGAAUGGACUUUUAAUUCACUGGAUGGGAUCUCAAGAUAUAGCCUUUGCUUUUAGUUUACAUAUGAUGUUCUAAUAAUGAAGUAAUGGCUGUUCAGAUGCCCUUUGGACUGCUGGUCAUGCACAGACUGGUGAGAAUCAGCACUUCCUGUCAAAGACAUCUCAUACUCCAUAAAUGUAGGAGGGAGAUAAGAACCUUUUCAACUGCUUCUGUGAAAUGUAACGAAAACCAGGGUGACAGCUCAGACUCCUCACCCCUGAGCGCCAAGCUGACCUCCAGGCAAGCACUGCUGUCCAGACGGAGACGACCCCUGUCCCCCCUGGAGAGGAUCAGCAGCCUGCUCCCCCAGGACGCCCUGACCCAGGAGGUGAUGCAACUGAGGGAGCAGCAGGACCAGCAAGAAGACACAAACAACAUCCAGGUGACGGGCACACAACAAGAGGAAAGUCGACAUCCCAAAGAGGAGGAUUCAGGUACCCAUCAUGCAUCAAAAGAGGGAUAUGGACAUCCUAGAGAGGAAGAUUCAGGUACCCAUCAUGCAUCACAAGAGGAAAUUGGACAUCCUAGAGAGGAGGAUUCAGGUACCCAUCAUGCAUCACAAGAGGAAAGUGGACAUCCUAAAGAGGAGGAUUCAGGUACCCAUCAUGCAUCACAUGCAGCUAUGGAGACUUCAGACACAGGAGAAAGUGUGACAUCGCCCACUCUUCUUCCCGGGGAGAGCUCGCUCGCGUUUGGGGAGCUGCUUGUCGCUGAGUAUCGUAAGAAGAACCGGGUGGAGUUCAGAAAGAUGUUCGAGCUUCGGCCCGGGACGCGACUGCAGAGCAGCUGGGGGAUCGUCCUGCACGACGACAUAGCCGGGCAGCCCGCAGGUAGCUUUCUGAAGACGGGCAGGGGGGUUCGCCUCCUUGUACGCCGGGCCAGUCUGGAGGAUUAUGUGCUGUUAAUGAAGAGGGGGCCGGCCAUCGCCUACCCUAAGGAUGCAGGUACGAUGCUGAUGAUGAUGGACGUCACAGAGGGAGACCGCGUGCUGGAGUCAGGCUCUGGGUCCGGGGCCAUGUCUCUGUUCCUGUCUAGAGCAGUCGGCUGUAAAGGCAGCGUGCUGAGCGUAGAGGUCAGGGAGGACCACCACAAGAGAGCUGUGCUCAACUACAACCGCUGGAGGACGUCGUGGGGUCUGCGGCGAGGGGAGGAGUGGCCCGACAACGUCAGCUUUCACAUCGCCGACCUCGGCACGGCUUCCUCGCUCCUCGCUACUCAGGGAUUCCACGCGGUUGCUCUUGACCUGAUCAAUCCUCACCUGGUUUUACCCGCUUUGAUUCCACAUCUGCACCCCGGAGCUGUAUGUGCCGUCUACCUCGCCAACAUAACACAGGUCAUUGACCUGCUGGAAGGGCUUCGAUGUUCGGCGCUCCCGUUGCUGUGUGAACGCAUCAUCGAGGUUCCGAUCCGAGAGUGGGUGGUGGCGCCGGCCCUCCAGAAAAACGGGAAGUACUGCGUCAGGAAAGUUCCGAUCACGGAAGAAGACCAGAGGGAGAAGGAGGGCGAGACGUCAGACGAGGCCGACAAAGAGAUGACCACAGAGGAACACCCGGCCUUCGGGAGUAUUCCCUAUAUAGCCAGACCUCAUCCUGAACAACUGAGCCACACAGCAUUCCUGGUCAAACUGAGGAAGUGUGUGCAGUAGCUGUUCUGCCUGCUAGGGACCAUGGACAAAAAUUACUGUUGCAUAUCGAUUAAAUUAUAACUGUAAAUAAUUAAAAAAAUAAAUGGUCAAAAUAGUCA